AUGUUGAUCAGCCUCGGUGCGCCCCAAGUUGCGAGUUUUCAAUCCAGGACUAGCACAACUUUAUUCUCCUCGUCAAUUAGUACUAGCAUGCGUUAUCCCAAGCUUGUUGCUCUUGACCUCGACGGUACAGUGUGGUAUCACUGGCUCAACGACAAGAAAUUCAAGAAGCGAGUCACCCACAACAUUGCCGACAAUCUUGAAGCCGUCGGCCACCAUAAAGUUAGGGAUAAGAAGAACCACGCUAAUUUUAUUACCAUCUCUCCGGACGUCCCACGCAUCAUCACUGAGCUUGCGUUGAGGAAGAUCGAUAUCGCUAUCGUGUCGAGGAAUACCAGUAAGGCGCUAUGCGACAGAGCCCUAUGGUACUUCAAAGCCAGAGAUCCGGAGACCAAGCAGAUGAGGCCUAUCACGGACUUCAUUAAAUAUGACGAGGUCAAGGACGAAUCGAAGCAGAAGCACUUCAAAAGGAUAAAAAACUGGAGCGGCUACGAAUAUCAUGAUAUGCUUAUCUUCGACGACCAGCCUCUCAACCUCGAGGUCGAAACAUGGGAAGGUGUAACUUUCAAGCUCGUCAAGCACCACAACGAUGGCCUCACCUGGCAGGACUACCUCGAUGGCUUAGACGAGUGGCGAAAAAAUCAAUAUAUUCGCGUGGCCCAUCCGCCAAGGCUGAUUGAUCCGCAUCCUAACAAGAUGCUUAUAGGAUACGCAGGGACCGACCGCGAGACCGCAUUGCUGUACGCCCAAGGAAAGAGGCGCCAGUUUACGAAGCGCCCUGCACGCUUCGGUUACGGGCUCUACGCGUCGGACAAUCCGCAAGUGGCCAUGUUCUUCAGCCAGUGGGGAAGAGAUAGUGGAGACAACAAAGUCUGCGAGAUAUUCGUUCGGGACAAGGAUGUUUUCCUGAACGAACUAAAGAAGAUCUGGUUCUAUCCCAAGAAGGGGUAUCUCACAGAUAAUCAGCACGCUACCGCCGAAGACAUGCCAAAAUGCAGAUCCAUCGCGACGAGUAUAUUCACAAGCACUACCACGUUGAGAAGCCAUAUAUUCUCUUCUCGCGACAUCACUACAUGUACGAGAUGGGAAAGUCUCACUACAACAUUACCAUUAAUUCGAAGAAGAGAUUCAAUGAGAUGGUCAUCUAUCCGCAGGUCCAGGAUGCGUUGA